UGGGAGUUGAUCUGUUCUCGUACAGAAAUCAUGUAAACACAACUAUGGGGCGAAUUUGUCCCCUAGAAACCUAGACGAAAGUACAUAAUUCGUUUUAAUUGGUAGGAAUGACUUCAUUGAAAGGUUUCCUUCCUCCAGCCGGGAGUGCUUUAUGGAGAAAGGAUCGUGGACGACUAAGGUCUGAAAGCGAAAGUGACUCAUCUCCUUCGAUUAAACAUGUCGUCAUUAGGGAAGUUUGGCAAAGAACGCAUCCUUCACCACACGCACUUUACAAAAUCGAUGUGAUGACUAAGUCUAAUCACUGGUUCGUGUUUCGGAGGUACAGAGAAUUUGAUGAACUCCACAAAAAACUAGUGAAACUUUACGGCAUCCCUAAAGAUAUGUUACCACCUAAAAAGCUUAUUUCAAAUAUGGCACUGUCAAUUAUUGAGAAGAGGAAAGCAGCACUAGAACAUUACCUGCAACGACUAGUGAACAGCAGUACCUACGUGUCGAGUUCCCCCGAAAUUAUGGAGUUCCUAGAGGUUCAAAGGCACGAUGUCAUAGCGGUGACAAAUGCCCUAGCAAAGGAUUUAUCCCGAAGGGGCGAGGAAGUGCUGGCAAAGGGAGAAAGUUUCACUUUGGUACCUACUCAGCUUUACUGUUUAACUCGGCAGCUACAGUUACCAAAACCGACAAGUGCUGCAGAUGAGGUAGAUUCUGGAGAUCUAGGAAAUCUUUAUGAUUUCAUCUAUCAGCUGAAGUCAUUGUGUGUUAGCAGUAUUUUGAACAAGGCAACAAGCUCACAAGAGCUUUCUAGUCAUUUGGAAUUUGACAUUUCCUUGUUUAGGUCUCUAAGCAGUCUGACAAUUGAUGGCUGCCCAUUGGCACUCAUUAACAAUAUGUCCAAAGUUCAAGCACAGAUUAGAAAUGUGACAGCCAGAUACUGUUUGACUACCUUAAAAGAGCUCCUUGUCGAUUGUGCUGCUGAGAAGCGUCAAGCACCCAAGAUGAAGGGUCCUGCAGAGUCAUGGAGAAGUGUUACAACAGCAAGGUUGAUGCAAAACCGAAUAGUUGUUCAACCAUGGUGUCAGCUUACAACUCUCACUGUAGCGCAGAACAAAUUGGCAGCGUUGGAUGCCUCUCUUAAACUUUUGCCUGUAUUACAAAAUCUAGAUGUCAGCCAUAAUGAAUUUAUUCAUUUGGAUCUACAACAGUUAUGCUGCCCAAGCCUUGCAUAUCUGAAUGUGUCCCACAACAACAUCCACUUCAUCACAGGAUUACCCAGAGAGCUGUCAAACCUUAAGUCACUUGAUAUCAGCCACAACAAUCUUGAGACAGUCAGUGGAUUAGACUGUCUCACUGGACUCAUUGAAUUGAACCUGAGUCACAAUCAAAUACAUGUUGUGAGAGAAAUUUCUAAGUUAUGUUUGAUUUCCCAUCUGAAGUAUCUCACAGUUACUGGAAACCCUUUUGCCAGAGUGAAGCCCUACAGGAUUGUUGUCCUGUCUUACUUUAAAGGUAAGGAGCUGAUUCUCGAUAAAAGACCCAUCACACAGAAGGAAACUGCAAAACUCAAGUCGUACCCUAUCAAGUCACGUGCAAGUAGCAGCCCUGAACAUGUCCAGGGAGAUAGUAACCUGAACAAAGAGGUGCCUUUUGGGCGAUCCCACAGCUUCAAUGUGUUUUGCCUUCCUGAAAGUGAUGAUGAUUCUGGUAUAGAGGGAGCUCCAAGCCUUAGGAGCAACAGUGUGAUUCUUGAUCCAGAUGAAAGUGAGUUUAAAGACAGAGGCCUUCUUUUUAAUUGGGAAUACUACAGUGGGGAAGAUAGAUAUCUGAGCAGCAAAAUCCAACGGCUGACAUGCCAGCCUUCUGAAGCUGAGCAGCUGGAAACAGGUCCUUCUAACCAUUGCGAUCUUGAUGCAAAGGAGAUACAAAAUUUCAACUGGCAUGGCAUUGAAUUUUUGCAAACUGGUAACGAUUCUAUCAAACCUGCAUCAUCUCAGGUAUCAGAGGAAACCACAGUAAAAGAUGGUAUGUCUUUUCCUUCCCAGGAUGCUAAUCACUCAAAUGAGCAAUUUGGAUACAAAGAGGAACUUUUCCAAAAUUCCACAAAAGUUCCUCAUGGGAAUGACUUUUUGUUUGUCACAGGAGGAGGAAAGUUCACAGACUGAGGGAAGAACUCAACCCUCCUAAGCUAAUGUUGAUGGUGGAAAGCAACCAGUAAAUUUGACUAUCUUCCCAAAGCAACAACUCCUUGAAAAGGUGAUAGCAACAAUGAUCAGCUGGAACAAAAUAUAACCUGUGAAAAUGAUCAGAUGAGUGUCAAAUGGAUUUCCUAAGUUUUUGGUCUUCCCCUCACUGCUUGGUUCCUUUGUUUGUUGACUUCUCCUUUCAAUGCUUCAAAGCAUGUACAAAACAGCUAGGUAGGCAAGCUUUUAUGCAAUGGAACACAUGUUCUAAGAAGGUAAUAGUUCAUUCCUUUAAACUUGCGAUGCAUACUUAAACUUCAAGUUAUUAUUCAUAAGAAUAUUAAUUUUGAUAAUGCAUAUUUCCCAUUAAAAUAUUUAAGACAAAGCUGACAUAAAAGCCGGAAACCUCAAAAUGAGUCUGAGAUGAAGGCUACCCUUGGUAUAAAUAUUAAAAUCAAAACUUAAUAUAAUUUAUUACAAAUUGAUAGAAAUGUAUUAUUAACUUAAAUAUGUAUUUAAGUUUUAUUUAUCAAUUUAAGGCCACAUACUGAUUUGCAUUCAGUCUCUAGGGCGGAUCCAGGGGUGGUUCGGUUGAACCCCCUAAAUUAUCCCUCAGAAUGCUGGAAAUCAUGUUUUCAAGGACCUAAUUUUCAAAAUUUUGAACCCCUCAGAAGGGAACAAUUCUC